CGCUCGAGGAACGGGGUACCCACACACAGUUGCCAAACGCUCGUAGCACCGCGACGGUAGUAACGUCGUUGUCGCCGUUCCACCCGACGACGGGGGUAGUUUUUUCUCGGGUUUUUGAUUUUCGUCUCGCCAACGAAAUAAUACGAAAUAUAAUUACAAUUCGUUGUGGUGCGUUCGCGAUGAGUUAAUAAUAAUACAUUUCACCAUAAACGUCGCCGUAUCCGUCCUUGCGCGCGCGUGCGUGCGUGUGUGUGUGUGUGUGUGUGUGCGCGUGUAAGUAAAAUACAUUUUUUAUAGGCAGUGUUUGAAAAAUUAAAAUAAACCGCGGCAAACGAUGACGAGACGCGAUGCCGAGAAAAAGCGAAAAGGGCGACGACCAUCGACCGUGUGAAUGUUUGGCGGCGAAUAGAGUGUCCCUCGCUUUCACCUGUGUCUAUGCUGGUCCAGUGCGCGGCGAAUAGUAUGUACGACUUUCGGUUGGCGUCGGUGUUGUUGGCGACGGUCGUCGUCGCGGUCGGCGCAAUGGUCGGCGGCGAGUUGUCGGCCGUCGAAAAAUCGUUACAGUUUGAAGCGGCAUUUCAAGGACGUUGUGGCCACGAUAGUCCAUGUGAACAACUAUGCUACGAGCUCCAUGACGGCAUGUUCGAAUGCGAUUGCAAAACAGGAUUUGCAUUACAUGAAGAUGGUUAUACUUGUACAAGAAACGAUUCGGUAACGGAUAAGAUCAAAGAGUUCGAAAGAGAUAUCGGACUGACGUUUGUCGAUUCCAAUGAAGUGGAUUCCGAGGACAGUGUUCGGUUUGUAAAGCACGUCGAAACUCAGAUAUCCGUUGCCACAAGAUCGCCGGCUUUGUGCAUACGGAAGUGUGGUGAAGGCGCCUGCGCGUUCGACAGCCGAAACAAACAGACUUGUAGAUGCCCGUUUGGUAAAACCGGAUCCAACUGCCAGAUCACAAAUCCAAUUAGAUACCCAAGAUUCAAUGGACGUAGUUGGUUAGCAUUUCCGCCACUCCGGGGAGCCUACAAACACGUGCAAAUAAGUUUAGAAUUCAGACCAGAGAGCUGGGAUGGUAUAUUGUUUUUAGCUGCUGAAAGAGAUGAUUUAGUUGGAGAUUUCAUGGCUAUUCUGCUUCACAAUGGCUUUUUGGAAUUUAGGUUUGAUUGUGGAUCUGGUUUGGGAGUAGUUAAAUCUGAAGAAACAGUUAUUUUAAAUCAAUGGAACACGCUAUCUGUGUAUAGACAUAGAUGGGAUGCAUGGAUCCAAUUAAAUCGUGGAAAACGUAUUGCUGGGAGAUCAAAAGGUUUAUUCUCGAGAAUUACGUUUCGAGAGCCUGUCUUUAUCGGCGGUCGAGGUAACACGUCUGGGCUAGCUGAACGGUUCCCAACAGACCGUGGAUUUGUUGGUUGUGUUCGGCUGUUACAAGCCAAUGAUCACCGAUACGAUUUUGGUGAAACACCUGCUGGCGAUACAGUCAAAUCUCAAGAAGUCGAGGAAUGCUCUACGGACAAGUGUACAAGAUCUCCUUGUCAACAUGGUGGCAAGUGCGUAACAACCACCAAUUCGUCAAUAUGUCUUUGCCCUCUUGGUUACACUGGAGAUUUAUGCGAAACGAUAUUGGACUUGCAGGUACCAUCAUUUAAUGGCUCCAGUUAUCUGAGACAUCCCGCUUUGGGAGACUCAGCUCUGUCAUGGUUGGAUUUGGAUAUUGUUUUCAAAACUCAAUCAAUAGACGGACUGAUACUGUAUGAAGGGUACCAAAAGUACGGUUCAGCUGACUUCAUUUGUGUUUAUAUGAUUGAUGGUCACGUAGAGUUUACAUUCGAUCUAGGCACGGGAACAGCGUCAUUAAGGAGUCCAUGGACAGUUUCUUUAGGUGAAUGGCAUAGACUAUGGAUAUCGCGAACAGGAAAAUUAGCAGUUAUGCGUGUGGACAAUCAACCAGAAGUUCAAGUAUUGUCACCGGAAGCAUUUACACAGCUAUCAUUACCGUUAAGUAUGUAUAUUGGAGGUGUACCCGAUUUCGACACGGUACCCGCGCAAAUCAAGGUUCGGACGUCGUUCAAAGGCUGCAUACAAAAAGUGACCAUCAACGAAAAACCGUUGCAAAUCGUCCGCGGAGCCCUGUCCGGGGCGAACGUAGCCAACUGCCCGCACCCGUGCGUGGCCAAACCGUGCGGCGACGACGUACAGUGCGUACCGAUAUUCGACAAGUACAAGUGUGUGUGCGACAGACGGUGCAACUCAUCCGACGGCGAUCAGGUGUCGUUCGAUGGAACGUCUUUCGUGCAUUACACCGGCCACGAGGUGCAACAGAGGAUCACUGACGGACAUUUGGAUAUUAAUAUGCGCUUCCGGACUACUGCACUCACCGGACUCAUACUGUGGACCGGGCGGUCAGACAGAUCGGCUGACUUUUUAGCUUUGGGAUUACAAGACGGUCGUAUUGAAGUUACUUACGAUUUAGGAAGUGGUGAAACGGUACUUAGAUAUAAUACCACUGGAUUACCUAUAAAUGAUGGACACUGGCACAGAAUGAAGUUUACUAGAGAUGAGAGAUUGAGCGCUUUGACUAUAGAUAAUGGUACAAAAAUGAUAACGAUUUCGACAGGGCGACUAAAACAGCUCAACACGAAUACAGGACUGUACUUAGGUGGCACGGAAGACGUGGAGAAGUCUACGGGAAAGAGAUACAGAAAAGGAUUCGUCGGUUGCAUUUCGGACUUUAUCCUGAACACGGACUACCAAGUGAAACUGUCUUGGUCCACCGGCAAAGAACGUGUUUGCAUAUCAUAGAGCGUCGUACGCAAUUCUAUUUUCUUCCUCCGGCACACGUGCGCGCGCGUACCCACUGAGCUUACGUACAUAAACAUGUAAAAAUGACGACGAAACAUAUUAUUAUAUAAACAAAAAACUUUAAUGCCUAUUGCAGUUUUCAACUGGAGUAAAAAUAUUAACUAUAAUGUGUUUUCCUAACGUUUGAUAUCUAGUCAUGUAUUGUAGUUAAAGGAAAUUCUGUUUUAGAUUAUCAUCAUCAUCAUUAUUAUUAUUAUUAUUAUUAUUACUAUUAUUAUUAUUGUUGUUAAAUUGAGGAACCACUAUAAUUGGACUAGCUUGAAAAGUUCGAAUGUUCAGUUUUAAAACACAAUAAUUACCAUAACAAUCUUAAUAAUAGAUACAUUAUAAUUUAUAACAUAACAAUAACAUUAUGUAUUAUAAUAUGUAUAUUAUUAUGUAGGUAUAUCGACGUUUUUCGAAAAGACCGCGACAUUUUUACUUCUGUGAAGCCUAAACUUACCUACCACACCCACACGCGAAUCGUUUCAAAUCGUUUGAGUCGAGUAACUGCAAUCUGCAUAAUCAUUAUUAUUAUUAUUAUUAUUAUAUUAUUAUGUUUUGAAACGAACAAUAUUAUUCGUAUCAUCGUUCGAACGCUCCUUCGCAUUUUCUAUACACUGAUACCUACACUUUAAAGCUUACUAUUGAAAAUACCGUACCUAUAUCGAGUACAAUAUCAGCCAAUAUAGAAUUUCUGGACAAAAAGGACAAAAUGCCGUAGAACAUUACUGGAAAAAGAAAUUUGUCGAAAAAUUAUUCAAACGAUGUUUAUGUUUUUUAAAUCGUGCAACUAGUGAUAAUAUUUAUUAUUUAAUAAUUAAUAUUAUUAUUAUUUUUUUUUUUAACAAUUUUGGACGAUGAAAUUUUUAAAAUAUUUUUCUACACCGGUGAAACGUCACUAAUAUACCUAUCGACGACUUUUUAGUAUCCAUUUUCCUAUCUUCAUACAUCAUACACAACAUCAUCGUUGCGUGCGUUGCAUAUUAUAUUUUAGAUAUUUCAAUAAAAUAUAAAUUACAAGGUUUUUACGUACAUAUCUUAAAGUUAGAAAAUACAAAUUGUAGACAAUAACCCUUAUAAAAUCAUAUUGGUGUUUUUUUUUUUUUUUUAUAUAGAAUCGUGCAAUUAUAAUUUAAAAAUAUUUAUGAUUAUUAGUAAAAUAUUGUAUUCAAUUUGCUAAGACAUCAAACAAAAACAUUUUUAAAAUAAAAAACACUGUUUUAAUUUUGAACUGUGUAUUAAAUAAAAUUGGCACUUGUUAACAAUAAUUAUAUAAUAUACUACUAUACGUUGUACAAAACUAAAAAAAAUCAACAUGUCAUGUGUUAAAAAACAAGUAACUCGUACAAUAUGUGAACACAAACGUACUUGUCAAUUAAAAUGUCCAAAAAAUAUUGAAUAAUUUGUGAAUUAGAACUGUGUAGAGAAAAUGUCUACGUGUUAAUUUGAAAAUAUCACCUAAUCUGUUAUUUAGCAAAAAAUUAAUAUUGAUAAGAACUUCUUGUGUAUCUGAUUAUCACCGUGUACAUUAUUUAUUUAUUAGCGACUGAUUAAUUGAAAUAAACUUUCCACAAAAUGUUAAAUAUUA